AGCAGUAAGUUGGAGGAAGCCUUCCAUACAAGGUUACUCUUAUUUGUUGAACAAGUAAAAUUGUAAAUUGCCAUUUCUAAAUCUGAGAGAAGUCCUGGAAGUGCACUGUGGAGCCCAGAUGUGUGGGAAGAGUGGAGGUGGAAAAGAAGGCGGGAAAAGCUCUCUGAUGCCAGACUGACCCAUUUCUAUCUCUUCAGAAGGCCCUGAGGAGUCCAGGAGGGUACCGAGGAGAGGCAUGCAGAGGAGCAGGGCUGUGCUGGGUGCUGGCUGAGGCAGCAGCAUGGCAUCGUGCUGUGGGCCUGGCUGCUCGCUGGCCUGGGGUGGGGACUGCUGGAGAGGGGUUGUCUCAUCCUAAUGGUCCCACUUCUCCCCACAUUUUGAGUCUGAGCUACAAUUCCAGUGCCAGCUUUGGUAUAGAGACCUGAAGUGGCCUUGUCUGUGCUUAGAGCCUUGCAGUAGUUUGUACAUGAAGGACUCCACUUGCGGAACUUGCUUCAAUAGCUGCAGUUCAGCAAGGCUGCCCUCAGCCAGUUCUAGAACAUCUGGGGAGUUUCUGGAGGGUUCCUGUAAUUCCUCCCCAAGGUGAAGCUGAGCCCCUCAGUGAGGAUGUUGGUACCCCUGUGGAACUGAGAAAAGGACAAGAAUGCUGAGAAAGAGAGGAAUGAGAGUAAAAGAGAAGUGCGAGGAGCAGCUCUGUGAGUCCUUUGGUAAUCUACACCUUAGAUUUCUGCUCAGAACACCAUUUUCACUCUGUCUACUCUGCUUUAGUAAUGCACACUGGUGUAAGGGGGGAGUGUGAGGGCAGGACAUGAGGACUUAGAAUGGAAGCACUGUUUGAGAGGUAUCGGAAUGUCACAGGCUGAACAUAGAAGGAAAGGAUCAAGAAAGGGAGCCCUUCGGCUCUUCUGGAGUGGUUGGAUGGGGCAAGUGUGAUAGCCCAGGGAAGCUUGCAGCAAUUUUUGUUGCUGAAAUGCAGGCUGGGAAGUUUACUGAGCCGGCAAAAUUGUUCUUUUUUUGAUGCUGUGACAGUGGGAAGAGAGAGAAAUAGCAGCUGGGAAGGUGAGCUGCUUUACCUGUGACUUGAGGCAGCUUCUGCAGAAGGAGGCCCCUUGUUGGUGGGUAAUGCCGCUGGUGCUUGUAAAUGUACCUUCUUAAUUUCACAGCGUGUCAAUUUGUUGUACAGACAAGGCUCUAUUUCACAGAAGCUCUGCACACGAUGGUUAAUGGCACUCCAGGUAAUGAAUUAGCAGCAUGUUUUACUUAUAUUUUAGACAGAUUCACCUUUUAAUAUUUUGCUUUAUUAUUAUUAUUAUUAUUUUUUAUAACUCUUCUCUGACUGCAGUCAGCCUUUGGAGACUUAGUGCUCCAUCCUUUCGUUUGGUAAUUGCACAACAUGCAGAAGGUGAGCUCUGCCAGAUUGCUCCCUCUUUCCCUGCUGGAGCGUACUUGCUGACCCCUAAAAGGCUGAUUUUUCCACUUUCCGCUUUGAUUAACUUUGUUGCUGGUGUAGGUUUGAACUAACUAGUCAGACCUCUAGAGAUGCUGGUGUUUUACCUUCAGAUUGUCUGAUGUAGGCCCUGACAAGGCAGGAGAGGAAGUGUUACUCUGGAUAUUGGUGGGUUUUUUUUUGGUGGUUCUUGUUUUCAACUCUUGCUCUUUUGAUCAUUCUGGGAGUGAAGCUGCCAUAUAACCUUGAGCCUCCUACCAACAGUGAGACAGGAGAGGAAGAAUUGAAUGGAUGCGAGUAGUAAAUUCUUGCUUGCGUUGUGUUCAGGCGCACAGUAUCAUGAGGGUACUUAGAGCUCCUCAUUUCAGUAUUGGGUGCUUUUCAGACCCACAGUAUCACUUGCUUUGGAAGUCUCAGCUGGAACCUCAGUGUGGUUAUUCCACACAUUGAAGCAGUGAGCUGUUGAUGGUCUGCAGAUGGUGAGAUCAGGUCAGCCAAGCUUGAAACAAGUUCCUCUCCACCACCCUAUGCUUACUUUGAUCCAAAACGUCAGCCUUCCGUCACAAUUGCUAUUGAAUUGCAGACAUAGGAUAAAAGAUUCUGGUAUUUUUGUCCAACUCCAUUUGAAAGCAGUAGCUGCCCUUCAAGAAUAAAAAUGAUUGCUUAUUCCUUAAGCACGCCCAAAUCUGGGAUGGCAGAAGAUGAUGUUUGGGUCUCUGCUGAGUUUGUGUUCAUUUGUUUCUCUUUUUGGCUCUAACCAGUAGAGACUGUUUCCCUGGAUGGGAGAUUUCUGACAGCAGUAUCAUAAAGCACAGUUCAGAUCCGCAGCAGUGACAGACAGAAGUAGUUUAACCAGCGUCUCCUUGUCUAAAACGUAGUGCUGGUUACUGCUGUGUGGUUGGCAAAAGAAAUGGUCCAAGACAUUAAGCCCGGGGAUGCCUCAGCCUUUUCAUUAGUCAUCUGACAUGCCCUGUUUCUCAACCCAUUUUGCCUUUUCCUGUUCUUGUCUGUGUUGUCUGAAGGUAGGGAGACUGGAGCUUAUGCCUGUCAAAUGCUCAUGGCCUUAAGGUAAAUUCAUUGCAGAUGCUAGCUUAUAAUAUCUUUCAGUUAUAUAGCUAUUUUGUGGUGAGAUAAAACUGGAUUUGGUGUGUUUGAGGAGUUUCUGAGAGCAGCUGGUAAAACGUAUGGGCUGCUGUGCAAAUGUGGUAGGAAGACAGGCUCCUGGUGAGCAGUAUUUCAGAAGUAAUGGUCGCUGCUAUGCAAAAGGGAAAAGGAAAGCAGUGAGAAGCAGCUCUGCCACACGAUUGGGUGAAAUAAAUAUGUAAACAGGCCUUUGGGAAAGUGCUUUCACAGACUGUUCCAUGUCCCACUUACUGUCGUAUCUGGUGUGAUUUUUUUGGUAAAGGAGUAACAGUUGAAGUUGCUGGAUUCAAAUAGGAAAAGGUCUGUUGGCUGUGGGGCUUUUUGUUUGAAUUUACGGAUGUUUCCCCUUCUCAGGUACCACUUGAUUCUGAGUUCAAGCUCAAAAGCGGCUUCACAGUGUAACAGUGAUGCCAAAGCAGUACCUUGAUUUGUCUGAAAUGCAUGGCUGCACGUGUGUUAGGUUUCCCCCUCUGUAAGGAGGAGGGAAAAUACGUAGUUCAGCAGAGAAAACAACCAAAGAGGAUGAAUCUCCUAAUCAAGAACUCCCUAAUCCUUCACCACUUCACACUCAGAGCACUGAGUGUGAAGCACGUAGAGGUGCAUCAGAGGCUUUCUCCUUGGCAGAGUGUGAGAGUGGUCUAUUGCAGUACGGUAGUGCCCUCUGAUGAAGUGACGGUGGUUUACCAAAAUGGCUUACCUGUGAUUUCUGUGAAUCUUCCAUCCCGGCGUGAACGUUGCCAGUUCACCCUCAAACCUAUCUCAGACUCCGUUGGUGUGUUCUUACAGCAGCUGCAAGCAGAGGACCGAGGAAUUGAUCGGGUUGCGAUCUACUCAGCAGAUGGCACUCGUGUUGCUUCCUCCACGGGCAUAGAUUUACUUCUACUGGAUGACUUCAAACUGAUCAUCAACGACAUCACAUAUCAUGUUAGACCACCAAAGAGAGAGCUCUUAAGCCAUGAGAACGCAACCACGCUGAAUGAUGUCAAGACAUUGGUUCAGCAGUUGUACACUGCCUUGUGCAUCGAGGAACACCAGCUGAACAAAGAGAAGGAGCUGAUAGGGAGACUAGAGGAAUUGAAGGAGCAGCUAGCACCACUAGAAAAAGUAAGGCUGGAGCUCAGCAGGAAAGCAGAGAAGAGGACAACCUUGGUGUUGUGGGGAGGUCUGGCCUACAUGGCCACUCAGUUUGGGAUUCUGGCCCGCCUCACGUGGUGGGAGUACUCUUGGGACAUUAUGGAACCAGUCACCUAUUUCAUCACCUAUGGUAGUGCCAUGGCAAUGUAUGCUUAUUUCGUAAUGACUCGCCAGGAGUAUGUUUAUCCAGAUGCAAGAGACAGACAGUACUUGCUAUUUUUCCAUAAAGGAGCCAAAAAGUCACGAUUUGAUCUAGAGAAAUACAAUCAACUCAAGGAUGCAAUUGCUCAGGCAGAAUUGGACCUUAAGAGGCUUCGAGAUCCACUGCAGGUUCACCUGCCCAUCCAGCAAAUUGAUGAAAAGGACUGAUCAGCAAAGAAGCUCUGAACUCUGGCAAAAAACUUGUUCAUAGCUCUUGCCUUUUAAAUUAAAGCAUUGCAGGUGGAAGCUGGGAGGUGAUGUGUGGGUGGAGGGUUUUUGGUUGGUUUUUUUUUUUUUUAAACCUUUAAUCAAGAUAAAGGACUGUAAGGGGAAAUCUCUUAAAUUUGAAGAUGGGGCAUUGUGGAAUGUUAGUUCUGAAAAGGGCUUGGCAAAUAGUCAUAUUUAAAACUGUGUGAAUGGCAAUUGUGUACAAAUACAGGACUGGGGGGGUUCGUGAAAAGAAUGUAAUGCUGGGGUAGGGAUGUCUUCUUCCAGCUCUGCAGAGUCUGCCUCUUGAUAAGACACCAGCAGCCUGCUUAGCUUUUUAAAGUUUCCUUUACCUGAUUCAGUUCUCUCUUUCUCUCUUAACAAAAAAUAAAAGGGAAAUAAAAGAACAAAGAAUCCAAGCCACCUGGAGCUAUGGCUGGUGAUCAGAACUUGCGCUCCACCGCCAUUAACACGCACACUUCUGAUCAGACCUGGUCUCUUUUAUAAAGUUACUACAAGACUGCUUUCUACUGGAAAACCGUGAGCUUUCCCUCCCCAGCCCUGUCCCCAUGUGCUCUGCUGACUUCCUCCUUUGCUUAUUUGUAGCACAGACUGAUUGUGAGCUAAGUGAGAGAAGGAACAAGUUCUCUUUUGGACAUUUGAUAAUUGGUAUUUUAGAAUAUUCCAUAAUAACUAUAUGAACUUGUGUCCCAAUGCCCUUGAGCUCCUUCUAGAAAUAAAUGGCAGCAUUGCAUGAGAGUUAUUAUAUUCAGUCUUAAGGGAGGGAGAUUCCCCUCUUCUUACACCAAAUCUGAUAGCCACCUGGACUAUGGAAUUAUGAAGGCUUAGGGGAUUAUGAAACUGUCUCUGAAUCAUGACUCCUGCUUAGCUGAACAGUUUUGGAAUGUGAUAUAAUUAAACUUGAUAUUUGACUGUUUGUAUAAUGGAAUGAAAGGUCUCAUGGUCAAAGCAUUUUCCUCGCCCAAAGGCUUUUUGAAAGCCCAGGGCUCUUACAGUGCAAGACACAUAAUGCUUCAGUUCUCCAGCACUUUCCCCUACUUAAGUAGCUUUAAAUGACCUUUGCACCCACAGGUCAUGAUUUCAUAGGGAUGGCUAAUGACAUCUCUUGUUCUUAGCUAAAAGAAAUGGAGGAAGGAAAGUCAACCCAUAGCUCUCUUCUAGCCAAGGCUGGCUGAUUUCUGAGCAGAUAGAAACACAUCUUCAUUCAAAGCCUGUCAGUCUCUUUAGCUUCCUGUUGAUAAAGACUGUGGAGACAGGAUGAAGGUGGGAGAAGGACACUAAGCUUUAUACACAGAAAAGAUUGCUGCUUUUUUUGAAAUUUCACUACUUUUCCUCACUGUGUCAUGGAAAGAGGCUUCUGUUGUGGUUGUUUUUUUUUUUUUUUGAGAACUGUGUUUAAAAACAACAACAACAAAAAAACCAGACAAACAGAAAUCAUGUUAAGCAGAUGCCAGGUGCCUUGCAGAUGUGGAAAUACAGCUGGGAUUGCUGCCUAUUCUCACUCAAUGGCAUGUUGGACCGAAUGGGUGCAUGUUUCUAGUUUUUUUUCUCCCUUCCCCCUUUCCUCUGUCUUUCAGUUCAAUUACAUUGUGAGAUUAUUUUUUAUCUGUUAUCUUGUUUGUGUGAUGAGUUUUAAAGGGGGAAAAAAUGAACACAAUCCUGUAGCUGAAUCCAUGGUGUGUGUUUGGGAUGAGGGAGGGAGCAUGGAGAAAAGUCCUUCUUUAAGAAAACACAAAAAACACACACAAAAAAAGCUGAAAAUGUGUAAAAUCCUGUAUCAUUUAUGAAAUAUGUAUAAAAGAGCAAUGUACUUCUGGAACAAUAAAUAACUAUUCAAUUUUUGAA